AUGGCAGAGGGAAACCAUAACUAUGAUAGUGAGACUAAAUCGUCAAGGCUGCCGGCGUUGAAGCUCGAUUACAACCCCACUGUCGACCACUUGAUGAACUGCCCGAUCACGGUAGGACACGAUAAUCCUGGCGGUGACCGCAAUAGCGACAAAGCUGCGAUUCGUGUCAUGAUCGUUGGCGAUUCCAUCUCUCAUGGCGCCGAAGGUGACUACACUUGGCGCUAUCGUAUCUGGCAGUGGUUCCAAGCCGAGGGGAUCCCGACAAAGUUCGUUGGUCCAUACAAGGGAACGCAGCCGCCCAACAAGCCAUCACGACCCCAACGGCCUUUCGCGGCAGGAGGCAAAGCCUGCACCGCCAUACCAGCCACUGAUGGAGGUUACGCUAUGGAUAUCCCGGAAGACUGGGAUAGUAAUCACUUCUCUGUAUGGGGUCGACAAGCCGCACAGACCAGGGAUCUCAUAGAGGCAGAGGUGGCAAAAUAUCAUCCGGAUCUGCUCUUGGUCGAGCUUGGAUUCAAUGACAUGGGAUGGUUCGUCAGUGGACCAGAAGGUACGCUGCAAAGCAUGAGCGAGGUUAUCCACAACGCUCGCAAGUCGAAUUCACACAUCAACAUCGCUUUAGCGAACGUGCCUCAUCGCACGUAUAUCAGCGGUCGCGAUGACCUUGUCGCCAACACAAGGAAAUACAACAGUAUGUUAUCGGAGAUAAUCCCAUCUUGGUCGAGAGGGGACUCCCUGGUGCACUUGGUAAGGUUACAGGAGAACUACGGCUGCGGGACUGAUGAUUGCCCGGCGGGUCACGAUGGCCUGCAUCCAAAUGCACUGGGCGAAUUCCAAAUUGCACAGGCGUUCAGCCGUACACUUGUCAACGACUUCAAAAUCGGGGCGAGAGAGCUGGGUGUCCCGCUCAUUGUUCCGCAACGGCCAACUCCAGUGCCAGAUAAUAUCCAAGUUGUAUCUGCUCCUGGCGGCAUCAUAGUCACGUGGGAUGCCGUGUACGGUGCAUAUUCAUACGACCUGCGCUCCAGGAUAGUCGGUACAGAAUGGAGUAAGACACCCAUUGCCGUCAAUCGCUUCGACAACAACUGGGUUUCCGAUGGCAUGGAGUGGGAAUACCAGGUUCGAACUAACAACGGCGAGCAUGUAGGCAUAUCGGAUUGGACACAAGUCAAAAGCGCUGUUGCCCACCCAGAAACAGCCCCGGGCCCCAGUAACACUAUUGUGACAGCAACUUCUGAUGGAAUCCGCGUCACUUGGCAAAAGCCCACUGGGCCAUAUACUGACUCGAUUGAAGGGUAUGAACUUUUCGUACGUAGUGUCGUCGCACCUGGCACAUACAUCAAAAGCAAAUGGGAGACUGGCUGCAGGGCAGAGUUUCAGGGCCUCGAGCGUGGUCAGCACUAUGUUAUUGCAAUUGCCAGUUGGAAUACGGCAGGAUGUGGUAUCCCUUCUCACACGUGGCCCGCAACACCAGGCCAUGGUCGACCCACUGCGCCUCUUAAUCUCCAAGCUCAGAACGUCGACCCCACCACCGUGCAACUGACCUGGGACAAUGGAUCGGUGGCGGCUGCCGGAUAUCGUGUUUGGGUGCGACAGGUCAGUGACGGGGCUGAGUGGCAGGCUGAUCGGGACGAUAUAAUUAUGAACUCCAGCCAUGGCGUUGCGUUCCUGUUUCCCGGCACUUGGAACUUCGAAUUUUGCGUCACUGCUGUCAACGGGCAUUUGGAAUCUGGCAAGUCCAACCAUGUCAUUCCUUUGAGAUGGCUAGGUCAUUGUUAG